AUGGAGGUCUGCCACUUCACCCGCAGCCCAGCCUGGGAAGAACUGGAGCCGGAGAAAGGAGCUGCGUCCGCGGCGGGCUUCCAUACCCAUGUGGUGGGCACCAGCCCUGGUUCUGGAGCAGCGGACGAGUCGUCAGACAGCGAUGCGGAGCAGGAAGGCCCCCAGAAACUCAUCCGUAAAGUGUCCACUUCGGGACAAAUUAGAAGCAAGACAAGUAUAAAAGAGGGAUUGUUGCUGAAACAGACCAGCUCCUUCCAGAGGUGGAAAAAGCGUUAUUUCAAAUUGAGAGGACGAACUCUUUACUACGCCAAAGACGCUAAGUCGCUGAUCUUUGAUGAGGUGGACUUGUCCGACGCCAGUGUUGCUGAGUCCAGCACUAAGAAUGUUAACAACAGCUUCACAGUGAUCACUCCAUUCCGUAGGCUCAUCCUCUGCGCUGAAAACAGGAAAGAGAUGGAGGACUGGAUCAGUUCACUCAAGUCCGUCCAGUCCAGGGAACACUAUGAGACUGCGCAGUUCAAUGUGGAGCAUUUCUCAGGGAUGCACAACUGGUAUGCCUGCUCCCAUGCACGGCCCACCUUCUGCAACGUCUGCAAAGACAGCUUAUCAGGGGUGACAUCUCAUGGCCUCUCCUGCGAAGUGUGCAAAUUUAAAGCCCACAAGCGCUGUGCUGUCCGAGCCAUUAACAACUGUAAGUGGACAACACUGGCAUCUAUAGGAAAGGAUAUUAUUGAGGAUGAAGAUGGGAUUGCAAUGCCCCAUCAGUGGCUGGAGGGGAACCUGCCUGUGAGUGCCAAGUGUGCAGUGUGUGACAAGACGUGUGGCAGCGUGCUGAGGCUGCAGGACUGGCGCUGUCUCUGGUGCAAAGCUAUGGUGCACACGGCGUGCAUGGACCUAUAUCCUCGCAAAUGUCCCUUGGGUCAGUGCAAAGUCUCCAUCAUCCCCCCCACGGCUCUCAACAGCAUCGACUCAGACGGAUUCUGGAAAGCGACGUGUCCCCCGUCAUGUGCCAGUCCACUCCUGGUGUUUGUAAACUCGAAAAGUGGAGAUAAUCAAGGGGUGAAGUUCUUGCGACGUUUCAAGCAGCUCCUGAACCCUGCCCAAGUCUUUGACCUGGUGAACGGUGGGCCUCAUCUAGGUUUACGUCUAUUUCAAAAGUUUGACAACUUUCGGAUCCUGGUGUGUGGGGGGGACGGCAGUGUGGGCUGGGUCCUGUCUGAGAUUGAUAAACUUAACCUUCACAAACAGUGCCAGCUGGGGGUGCUGCCUCUGGGAACAGGCAAUGAUUUGGCCAGAGUGCUGGGCUGGGGUCCGUCAUGUGAUGAUGAUACGCAAUUGCCUCAAAUCCUAGAAAAGUUGGAACGAGCCAGUACAAAAAUGUUGGACCGCUGGAGCAUCAUGACAUACGAGAUCAAGAUGCCGCCUAAACAUAGUUGCCCCACCACGCCUGAGGGGGGCGACAACUACCAGCUCACCUCGCACUCUCUCUUGCAGUUUCACAUUUCAGCUUAUGAAGACUCAGUGGCAGCCCAUCUUACCAAGAUCCUGAACUCUGAUCAGCACUCUGUGGUCAUCUCCUCUGCCAAGAUCUUGUGUGAAACAGUGAAGGAUUUCGUUGCCAAAGUGGGAAAGGUCUACGAGAAGAGCAGUGAGAAUGUAGACGAGUGCGACAGCAUGUCUCUCAAAUGUGCCAUCCUAAAUGAGAAGCUGGACUCCCUGCUCCAGACGCUGCAGAGUGAGUGCCACGCUCUGCCCUCGCUGCCCCACUCCACACCCCCCAUUGUAGAGGAGGAGCCGGAGGACGAGGACGAGGAGCCCAGUGAGGAGAGCCUGACGGAGCUGAAGGAGAAACUUGAGCUGGCAGAGACUGAGAAGGGGGGCGCCACUCCCCCACAUCAGAUGUUCAAGAGCCGGGAGCAGAUGAUGCUCCGAGCCAACAGUUUGAAGAAAGCGGUGCGGCAGAUCAUUGAGCAAGCUGAGAGAGUGGUGGAUGAGCAGAACGCCCACACAGAGGACACAGAGCUGACGUCACCACUGGAGUUCAGAAAAGAUGGUGAUGAGGAGAACCGUGACAGUGAGAAGGAUGAAGAUACCAAGGAGCUGGAGCUGUUGCCAUCUUCCAGGAGUCCAUGUUCCCCAACAGAGCGCAAAGUAAGCCGGAGCACUCAGUCUUACCAGUCCUUCACCAUCACCCCUUUCACCACCAGCAAGGAGAACCUGCCAGUACUAAACACUCGCAUCAUCUGUCCAGGCCUGCGCGCUGGUCUCGCUGCCUCCAUUGCCGGGAGCUCCAUCAUUAGUAAGAUGCUCUUGGCGAACAUCGACCCAUUCGGCGCCACACCCUUUAUAGACCCUGACCUUGACUCACUAGAGGGGUACAUGGAAAAGUGUGUUAUGAACAACUACUUUGGUAUCGGUUUGGAUGCCAAGAUUUCCUUAGAGUUCAAUAAUAAGCGAGAAGAACACCCAGAAAAGUGCAGGAGUCGUACAAAGAACAUGAUGUGGUAUGGCGUGUUGGGCACAAAGGAGCUUCUCCAGAGAACCUACAAAAAUCUGGAGCAGAAAGUUCAAUUAGAGUGUGAUGGUCAGUACAUCCCUCUGCCGAGCCUCCAGGGCAUCGCAGUGUUAAACAUUCCUAGUUACGCUGGAGGGACCAACUUUUGGGGAGGCACCAAAGAGGACGAUAUCUUCUGUGCACCAUCUUUUGAUGAUAAAAUCCUUGAAGUUGUGGCUGUGUUUGGAAGCAUGCAGAUGGCAGUGUCCAGAGUGAUCAAACUUCAACACCAUCGCAUUGCACAGUGUCGGACAGUGAAGAUCACCAUCCUGGGAGACGAGGGGGUUCCCAUUCAGGUGGACGGAGAGGCUUGGAUUCAGCCUCCAGGUGUCAUCAAAAUCCAGCACAAGAACCGGGCUCAAAUGCUCACCAGAGAUCGGGCGUUUGAAAACACGCUGAAGUCCUGGGAGGAUAAAUUGAAGUAUGAUAAGGCGCCUUUGAGACCUCACCUCUAUCCACAACAGUCUGUGGAUCUGGCAACAGAAGAGGAGGCAGGACUGGUGCAGCUGUGUGCCCGAGCUACAGAGGAGCUUAUCACAAGAAUAUGUGAGGCCGCCCAAACCAAUGGACUUUUGGAACAGGAACUGGCCCAUGCUGUAAAUGCUGCAUCUCACGCCAUUAACAAAACUCACCCCAAGUUUCCAGAGAGCCUAACCAGAAAUACAGCAAUAGAGGUGGCCAGCACUGUGAAGGCCCUCUACAAUGAGACUGAAUCUCUUCUUGUGGGACGAGUUUCUCUGCAACUGGAGCCACCGGACGAGGAGCAGUUGUCAAAUGCCCUGCAGAGUGUGGAACUUGAAAUGGGGAAACUAGGAGAAAUUACUUGGCUCUACCACAUCCUUCAGCCCAAUGACGAAGAGGACCACUCUCUGGGUUACGGCAAGAGGAACAGUCGCUCCAGCAUGUUUCGAAUAGUGCCCAAAUUCAAGAAGGAGAAGGCUGCCAAAAAGACCAGCCCUCAGUCAGUGGAGAGAUGGAGCACAGAGGAGGUUGGCAUCUGGCUGGAGCAGCUGAGCCUGGGAGAGUACAGAGAAACCUUCAUUCGCCACGACAUCCGCGGGUCAGAGCUGCUGCAUCUGGAAAGGCGGGACCUAAAGGACCUGGGGAUAUCGAAAGUGGGUCAUAUGAAGAGAAUUCUGCAGGGAACUAAAGACCUGGCCAAGACCUCCAUGAUCGACCUGUAA